AUGGGUGCGCCUCUGCUUACUACAAAUGGGAUGUUCAUAGUGGACGAAAUACAUAUACGAGAUGGUUCCAAUUAUAAAGAUGUUCCUGGCGGAGGUGGCAUGUUUGCGAUGCUUGGCGGCUGUAUAGCAUGUCUCGAUGAGAGACUCUCCUUAGGCCUUAAGUGGAUAAUUGACUGCGGAUACGACUUUCCCUUGAGCUUGACAGAAACAAUUCAGUCAUGGGAUACUGGUGCCGUCUUCAGACACGAUACGUCGAGGAAAACAACCAAAGGUUGGAAUUACUAUCGUGAUAACGAUUUUCGAGACUUUAAAUAUCUGACUCCGAAGAAACAAAUUGACGUCAAGGAUUGGUGUGAAGUUUUUGGUAAAGACCAAUUACGAGAGAUGAAAUGUUUACAUUUGUUAUGUUCAAGCACUCGAUGCAUAGACAUGAUUAAACAACUGGAAAGGAUACAAUGUCGCAAUGAAACGUAUGUGUGGGAACCUAUUCCUGACUUGUGCAACCAAGAAUAUUUUAAUGAGAUAAAACAAAUUGUGCAGAAGACAAACGGCCCGGUCAUUAUAUUUUCGCCAAAUGCUGAGGAAGGUGCCAGAAUAUUCGGCGAUAAGGAACCAUUGACUUUAGAAGCGUGUUUGAAAUACAUUUGGAAGUUUGACACAUUCAUUGGAGACAAAAAUAUUUGCGUAUUGAGAUGUGGCAAAUUAGGAAGCAUCUCUCUUGGUGCAAAGGAUAGUGUAACUGGAAGGCGCUCCGUACUCCAUUUACCAGCUUAUCACUAUGAAACGCCUAAUAGCGUUGUCGAUCCAACUGGGGGCGGAAACUCCUUUCUUGGUGGAUUUUGUGUAGGCUACACCAUAACCCGGGAUUUAUAUAUUGCUAAUAUAUGUGCCAACAUUGCAGCUGGAUGUGUUAUUGAACAAAUUGGCAUUCCAACAUUCGACCCAAUUGAGAAAAAAUGGAAUGGGUUAACAUUUGAGCAACGAUUAGAGAUCUACGUGAAAACAAACAAACUAAACUACGAUACAGAAAGGAUUUGCAAACUUUUGGAAAACUAUGCACUGUAG